AUGGCGAAAUCAACUAUGACAACAAAAGAAGCAUUGGCAAAAUGGGAAGAAAAAACACAACAGAAACCAAAUGAAUCAAAAGAAGUUUUACUUUAUGGACAAUUUCCACCAAUUGAUAAAAUGGAUGCAUCAAUUUCAACAUUAACUGCUUGCGAAAAAUUAUCAUUAUCAACUAAUAUGAUUGAAAAAAUAGCUAAUCUUAAUGGUUUAAAGAAUUUAAAAAUUCUUUCACUUGGCCGAAAUUUAAUAAAAAAUCUUGUUGGUUUGGAAGCUGUUAGUGAUACACUUGAAGAAUUAUGGAUAUCCUAUAAUCAAAUUGAGAAAUUAAAAGGUAUUGGUGGUAUGAAAAAAUUACGAGUACUCUACAUGAGUAAUAAUAUCGUUAAAGAAUGGGCUGAAUUUUCAAAAUUAGCAGAAUUACAAACACUUCAAGAAUUAGUUUUUACCGGAAAUCCAUUACAUGAAAAAUUCUUAGAAGAUAAUGAUGGUAAACAAGAAAUUUGGCAAGCUGAAGUUCAAAAACGUUUAAAACCAUUGAAAAAACUUGAUGGUUUACAUUGUAUUCGUGAACAAGAAGGUGGUGAAUAG